UCGCUGAAGCGCUGGAACGAAGAGAGGGGUCUGUGGUGCGAGAAGGGCGUGCAGGUGCUGCUGACCACGGUGGGCGCCUUCGCCGCCUUCGGCCUCAUGACCAUCGCCAUCAGCACCGACUACUGGCUGUACACGCGCGCCCUCAUCUGCAACACCACCAACCUCACCGCCGGCGACGACGCGCCCGCGCACCGCGGCGCCGCCGGCUCCUCGGAGAAGAAGGACCCCGGCGGCCUCACGCACUCGGGCCUCUGGAGGAUCUGCUGCCUGGAAGGGUUGAAAAGAGGCGUCUGCGUCAAGAUCAAUCAUUUCCCGGAGGACACGGACUACGACCAUGACAGCGCGGAGUAUCUGCUCCGAGUUGUCCGGGCCUCCAGCAUCUUCCCCAUCCUUAGCGCCAUCCUGCUGCUGCUCGGGGGCGUGUGCGUGGCAGCCUCCCGCGUCUACAAGUCCAAGAGGAACAUCAUUCUGGGCGCAGGAAUCCUGUUCGUUGCAGCAGGCCUGAGCAACAUCAUCGGCGUGAUCGUGUACAUCUCGGCCAACGCGGGCGAGCCGGGCCCGAAGCGGGACGAGGAGAAGAAAAACCACUACUCGUACGGCUGGUCCUUCUACUUCGGCGGGCUGUCGUUCAUCCUGGCCGAGGUGAUCGGCGUGCUGGCCGUCAACAUCUACAUCGAACGCAGCCGCGAGGCGCACUGCCAGUCUCGCUCGGACCUGCUCAAGGCCGGCGGGGGCGCGGGCGGCAGUGGCGGGAGCGGCCCCUCGGCCAUCCUCCGUCUGCCCAGUUACCGCUUCCGCUACCGCCGCCGCUCCCGCUCUAGCUCCCGCUCCAGCGAGCCGUCGCCGUCGCGGGACGCGUCUCCCGGCGGCCCGGGGGGCCCGGGCUUCGCCUCCACGGACAUCUCCAUGUACACGCUCAGCCGCGACCCGUCCAAGGGCAGCGUGGCCGCCGGGCUGGCUGGGGCCGGCGGCGGUGGCGGCGCCGCCGGGGCGUACGGCGGCUCGGCUGGGGGCGCCGGGGGCGGCGGCAGCGGGGCGGGCGCCGAGCGGGACCGCGGGGGGGCGUCCGGCUUCCUCACGCUGCACAACGCCUUCCCCAAGGAGGCUGGCGGUGGCGUGACGGUCACGGUCACCGGGCCGCCCGCCGCGCCCGCGCCCGCGCCGCCCGCGCCCGCCGCGCCCGCUCCCGGGACCCUGGCCAAGGAGGCCGCCGCCUCCAACACCAACACGCUCAACAGGAAAACCACGCCCGUGUAG